AUGCCUUCCACUUUGAUGAUGGUACUUGCCAGCAUCCUCUCGUUAGGCACCAUGGUUCAACCAACUGUCGCUGUUGACACCGACUGGCUCCAACGUCCAUCUUCAACAAGCUGGACCACUAUCACCAUUCCGGCCACCUUGGUGGCCCGCAAUCCAACCAACUCAAUCCACGACUCCCACCCAGCAAAACAAACCUCUGAGCCCUCAUCUUCUCCAUCGUUUGGCAAUCCCGUCCACACUCCCGCGGCCUUGGCCACCGCCUCUCCACCAGAAAAUUCUCUCACAGACAAACCCGACGGAGAGUUCAUGAAACAUGUCAUCCUUCCAUUGGCACAUCCCAUCAUCCCACCUGGAGUGCCUGCAGCCUUCCUCGACAGAUUCUACGAGACGGCAAGACGCCAUCGAGAAAAAACAUCGCACUUCAAUCCAUCUCGACAACUAAUCCCGCACAUCGAACAAACUUCCGCAUCCGAACAUGCAAAAGCGGAAGAUAAGGCAAACAUUCGAUUUUACAAGCGUUUCCUUGGACACUAG